CGAACUGUCCCGACUCCCGAGCGUGGUCCACUGAAAAGUGACAGGGCCUCCCCGGCCCAGCCAUAUUCCCUCGCAUAUUACAGUACAGGUACAGGGGUAAAUGACACAGGGCUCCUCCUUUCUGUAAGGUAACGAAAGUUCCGCGCCCACGAGACUCUCUAGCAAAGCUUUGUCUGAAUCCGCCAUUGUUUGCUCACUGUCACUACCGUUCCAGCUGGCCUUGGGAGCAGUCAUCCUGUAUCGCAACACAUCAAUCUGCUAGAACCGCCCUUCCUCGAAUAGCGUUUCCGACUUCCCCUCCAUUGGCACGAAAAGAACCAGGACAAACCCUUCAACACUCCCGAUUGAUCUGCCACCGCGAAGCUGGUGAUAACCUUCUAGAAUUGAGUUCCAUGACAUCCUCGUAUUUGGUAGAUCUUAGAGUUACCUGGAAACAACAGACAAACACGCCAGCAGGCUUUGGAUCAUAACCUUUCGACCUCACACUCACCGCCCGAUUCGAUUCUGGUGGCUGCACAUGUAUUCAUAAACACCACAAAUCUAUGAAAGAAGGGCUGGAGGUAGAAAGUACUUUGAAGGAUGGCAUACAACGAGAGAGCUUCGAGCUUUUUACCGACGAUAAAAUGUUCUAUGUGCGCCCAGGAUAUCGAGAUCUCCCACAUGGGAGAUCAUGUAUGCGGCGCCCCGCCUGUACCAACGAUGGCAGGUGAACCAACACCUCCGCCAGAUAGCUACGGCAACUUCGAUAGGAUGCCAUAUAAACAGAAUGCAACGAAUGGCCCGAGCUAUUUGAAGCCUGGGCGAGCGCCUCCACCGAGAGUCGAUACUGGUGUUGCGAACCGACCAUUCAUUCCACAGGACGAGUUGACCCCAGUGAGCGCUUCACCGUCUCGAAGUGUGUCGCCUAUGAGUGAUGGGCAGAGAUCACCGUAUAUGCGACCUUUGCGAAGCGCAACUGCUCCAAUACAUCGAACACCGCCGUCGCCCGAACUACUAUCGUCCAAUCUUGACAGUGCAUUUCCGCCAUUCCCUGGUACGAAGACGGGAUCGCAGAAACCUAAACAAGGAGGUGGAUAUGACGGGAUGGGAAGGACGUAUGCGGAACCAGAUUCGAUGUAUGCACCUGUCAGUCCAAGGACAGCAACAAGUGGUGGGAUUUUACAGAGGAUGAAUACCAUUGCUCCAGGCCCUUUUGAUGGAAGAAGGAAGCCAAGUGGUCCACCAGCUGGACCAGGUCAUCGCCGAAAUGGAACUGGUGGAAGUUUAGCAGAUGCCACAAUGUCGUCUGCAACGGCGGAAAUUGGAGGAAGCAUAAAACGACCAUCUACAGCUGGACCGCCAGGCCACUCUCGAACAUCAACCAAUAGUUCGAAUGGGUCAAGGUCUGGGAUCAUGGCACCAAGGGUCCCAAGAAAACAGGGCUAUGGUGGAUUCGGACCACCUUUGGGGGAUGACAUUCAGAGAGAACCUCUCACGCAAGAGAGCAGAUCUCAAACCUUUCCCUUGGCGAACGAGAGUCAAGACGGCUUCUUCAGACGACCAUCAGAACCCCGUCUACGAAGACCAUCUAAUGACACAGGCCUGAAUGAUGAUCGAUCAACAUCGCCAGCGAGACAAAGGAGGAAACCUUCCAUGUCAGGCCCGGAUCUCACAAGAGCUCCGCCCCCACGAGGUGUCAGUUUAAUACGACCACGAGUAGAUGCAAGACUUGGUGAUGCACCACCGGUACCAAGCAAUCUCAACCUCGCUGCAGAAUUUGGAAUUGGAAAUCCAUAUCACACCCCGACUGAAUCCUCGUCCUCCAAUGCCUCAGGAUAUAGCGACCAGAGCAAGGCCAGCUCCCGGUCGAGUCCACCAAGGUCACGUCGCCAACCAUCAGAUGCUACCAAGGUAGACUCUUUGAUGGCUGAUUUACAGUCGUCCAUGUCCAACCUGGAGCCCAGAAAGAUGUCCUCGAGUGCCUCGCCACCGAGGAGUAGAAAUCAAUAUGCUCGACCACAGCCGCAGCAAAGCCUUGCCCCCUCAAUGCAAUCUCCCGAGUCACCGAUGGAUCCUGCAAUUCAAUUUGAUCGCCUAUCUCCAGCUCCACCGACCCAAAGUCGCUCACUCUCACCACUACGAAGCGAACGUCAACAACCAACACUGCAGCGCCCAUCAACCGCCAACCGACCAACGACCGCCAACCGGCCUAACACUGGCAGUCGCCCAGGUACUUCGAAAGGAAAUUGCAAAGGGUGCGGUGAGGCAAUUAAGGGAAAGUCAGUAUCGUCUGCAGAUGGACGCCUUACUGGAAGAUACCACAAGCAUUGCUUCGUCUGCAAAACCUGCUCGGAACCCUUCCAAACUGCAACAUUCUACGUAAUGGACGACUCACCAUACUGUGAACGCCACUACCACAAACUCAACGGCAGCGUCUGUACAACCUGUGACAGAGGUAUCGAAGGACAGUACCUCGAAAGCGAACGGAAGGAGAAGUUCCACCCUGCCUGUUUGACAUGCGCAGAUUGCAGACGAACUCUUCGACACGACUAUUUUGAAAUGAACGGUCGCGUAUAUUGCGAACGAGACGCAUUCCGUAGGGCCCAAUCGCAACCCAGAUUCCUCGGCCCUGGUACUGGCGGGCAGGGAACCAACAGGAUGGAACGAAGAACGACUCGACUGAUGAUGAUGUAA